GCUCUCCCCCCUAUUUUACUUCCCCUCCCAUCCCUUGUUUUUCCUCCUUCAACACCACUCUCUAAUGGCUUCCCUUGCUGGUUCUUCAAUCUCCAUGCAACCUCGCCAUUCCCUCGCUACAAGCAGGGUUCCUGGAUUGAAAUUGGUUUCAUUUAUGGACCAGGGAAGAAGCAGCCUCGCCUUCAGGUUGCGCCCAAUGCCUGCUCGCUUGCGGAUUUCCUGUGCUGCCAAACCAGAGACAGUGGAUAAGGUAUGUGAAAUUGUAAGGAAACAACUAGCUCUGCCAAGUGACAAACCAGUCACUUGUGAUUCAAAAUUCGCUGAGCUUGGAGCCGAUUCUCUUGAUACGGUUGAGAUCGUGAUGGGGCUUGAGGAAGAGUUUGGAAUCACUGUGGAAGAGGACAAUGCCCAAAAUAUAGCGACUGUUCUGGAUGCUGCCGAGCUCAUCGAUAAACUCUGCAGCGAAAAAAGUGCCUAGAAAUUAACCAAGAACCAAGUUGGGAGGUACAUUGGCCAUUAUUUUCCCAUAUUGAUGUCACCUAGACCAUUUGUCAAUCAUGUUGUGAACUCAUCAAGUCUAUUUAUUUGUUCAAAUCCAGUUAAGCUCUUAAGUUGUUGGCAUUUUUAGUUAAAUUGAGGAUUUCACUUUUUGUGUUGUAUGCCAAGAAAAUACUAUUUGAGCGUUUUGUUUCCGCAAGCUGCUAGCUUAUGUAGUUGUAACGAGUAAUGUAGACCUUAGCCGAGGGUCAGUUGAUUUGAGUCUU